AUGAUUGGAUGCUUUACCCUUCAGUUCGACGCUCUCAGAGCUCCGAUUGGUUGGCUCAUGUUCUCGCGUGCCUUCAUACAUGAUAAACCAGUGGUGCUGAUGCUGUGACAAUGGGAGCCUUCCAGAUAUGCACCAUCUGAACUGAGGGUCCGGCAGCUGCUGCACGUAGGCUUGACGGACAGCAGAGAAAACAUCCGGAUAAAGACACAAGGAGGAACCUCCUGCUUCUGCCCGGACAGGUCCAGAGAUGGGAGUGUUCAGCCGGCAGAAGUUUUUCCAGGAGCUCACUCAUGGCUGCCUGCUGCCUACAGCUCAGCAGGGACUGGAGCAAGUAUGGCAGCUGCUGGUCAUCUGCCUGCUGUGUCGCCUGCUCUGGAUGUUAGGUCUCCCUUCCUUCGUGAAGCACCUGUGCACGGUGGCGGGAGGUUUCUACAUGCUGUACCUGUUCUUUGAGCUCCACAUGAUCUGGGUCGUCCUUCUCAGCCUCCUUUGCUACCUCUUUCUCUUCCUGUGCCGCCAUUCGACCAUCCGAGGAACCUUUCUGUCUAUAACGGUUCUCAUCUACCUGCUUCUUGGGGAGCUGCACAUGAUGGAUACCACCAACUGGCACAAAAUGAGAGGUUCACAGAUGGUGGUUGCCAUGAAAGCUAUCUCGUUGGCUUUUGAUCUGGACAGAGGUGUUGUGACCAAUGUUCCCUCGCCCCUUGAGUUCAUGGGCUACAUUUACUUUGUGGGCACCGUCAUCUUUGGGCCCUGGAUCAGCUUCAACAGCUACAAAGAAGCUCUAGAAGGACGUAAGUUGAGUUUAAGAUGGAUUGUAAAAGUGUCUCUUAGCUGGGUGAAGAGCCAGAUCUGCCUUGUUGUUUCCAACUGUGUGGCUCCCUACCUCUUCCCCUACUUCAUCCCCGUCUAUGGAGACAAGCUCCUACGAAGCAAAAAGAGGAGGAAGAUCAGAGGCUCACUGGCAAGGUGGCUGCUGGCAUAUGAGAACACAAUGUCUUUCCACUUCAGCAAUUACUUUGUCGGCUACCUGAGCGAAACUACUGCGACUCUUGCUGGGGCGGGCUUUACGGAGGAGAAAGAGAACCUCAAAUGGGAUCUGAGCGUGUCCAAGCCGCUCCAGGUGGAGUUUCCCCGCUCCAUGGUGGAGGUGGCGUCGUCGUGGAACGUGCCCAUGUCCCGCUUUCUGCACACAUAUGUUUUCAAGAGUGCCGUCAAAUUCGGGACGUUCACUGCCAUCAUGGUGACGUACAUCGCCAGCGCGCUCUUACAUGGUCUAAGUUUCCAUCUGGGUGCAGUUCUGAUAUCUCUGGGGUUCAUUACGUACGUGGAGCACGUUUUUCGGAAGAGGCUUGCCGCCAUAUUUAACGCGUGCGUGCUUUCGAGGAAAUGUCAGCCAAACUGCAGUCACCAAAACAAAAAGAAGCUGUGGGUGUAUAUGAUUAACAUAGCAUUUUCUGCUUUGGCAAUACUUCACUUGACAUAUCUGGGCUCCGUGUUCAACUCCAGCGUGGACUACAUGGAGGAGGAUGAGGACGAGAUCACCCACCACACCAUCCAGAAGUGGUCGGAGCUGAGCUGGACGAGCCACUGGGCCACGUUCGGGUGCUGGAUACUGUACCGCCUCAUUCUCUAACAACUAGAGACCGAGAAGAAGAGAGAGAAGCAAUAAUGAGAAGCAGGUUUUCCACUUUUCUGUACUGUGACGUCAUCCUGCAUCAGACUUGCAGUUUUCAGGUUGCGCUGUAUGCUGGUCGGGGGAUGCUAUUCUAUCCUUUUGGGGACUGGUUUCGAUAUCUGAAAAGAAAAAGACAGACCGCAGCGCCUUUUUUUCCACUCCCUUUUGUCUGUUUCAUAUUGUUUUUUUUAUCUGAGGCUCAGUCAUCAUGGCCUCCUAUUGUGGCAGCGUUUACCACUGUCUCACUGUGACUCACAAUCAAUAACUAUCAACAUGGCGGACACGUGACGGCGCGCGUCAGGCAGAUGUCCCCCAGUGGCGACAGCCCACCAUGUCAGCCGGUUCCUGGUCAUGCAAAACCUCGUAAAACUUUUCACAUUUAGUCGUUUUUAGUGGGAUUUUAUGUCUUAAACCAAAAGAAAGAACUGCAAAAUUGUGAAGUGGAAGAAAAAUUUGGGAUGUAAUUUCAGCUGCAAGUCUUUUUGGUUUGCGUCGUCAAAUUAAGUUUUUGUUCAUUCUUAUUUGCAAAAUAACUUGAUCUAAAUCAGAGAGCAGUUUUAAAUUUGGACUUUAACUAGGACAUUCUAGCAUAUUUGUAUGAUUUGAUUCAACGCUUCAUCCAGUCAUUUAAUAUCCUAGAAAAUGCUUAAAUUUUAAUUACGGUUUGAAAGAUGUUAGUCAAACUGCACAGUUUAGUAAUAAAGUGCAACCUAAUGUUUUAUUACCUUAUCCUUCCACUUCAUAAUUAAAAUCUCAAUAAAAUACAUUUAAGCUUUUGGUUGUAAUGUGACAAAUGAGAGACGUUUCAAUGCGCUGCGCUGGUGACAUUCCCUAGUCUUCUUGUCCUCAACAAAUCCAAUUAAAUGUCCAGAAUCAAUAAUGCAGUUUCCUGUCUCUGUGAUUUUUUUUAUUCUUUUUUUUCCCAGCCAGGCUGCAUCGUGGCUGCUUGUUUGCGGUUCUGUCAGGGAGCCUAAUCAAAACCCACAGAAUUGAAUUUUUUAUGAACCCUGGUAGGCAGGUGGAGCAUGGCUAAAGGAGACAGCCGGAGACUCUGGCUGCUGUAACCAGUCGAUUGUGUGGAACUGCUUCCAAUUUAAAAUACAAGAACCCAGAGAAACCAGCGCACGUCUCUUUCUCCUCCUAGGAACAAACAAAGACUUUAUUUACUGAAUUCAACAAGCACAUGUUGUUACUAGACUGCAUUUUUACCACCAACUAAUCCUCCUUUUGUGACUUUUAGAUAUAUUAACGGUUUUAGAUGAUUAAAUCUGAUUUUUUUACUAGUGUAGUAUCCUGAUGGUGUUUUUCUUUUUCUUUUGGUAUGACUUGAAUUAUAUCCUUAAACAUAUGUGAUUUUGAUUUUUUUCCCCCUCUUCUUUCUACAAUAUAACUUAAGAAUCAGGGUAUUUGAGAUGUAUUAACAAAAUUCUCUUUCAGCUUUGUGUAAAUUAAAAUAAAAUUAUUCAUUAUUCUAUACCAAGCAUUUCUCUUACCUCCAGGUUUUUACUUAAUAGUUGCUUUUAAUUAUUUACAGCCUGAUGAAAGAGUAUGAGUGUGUGCAUCGGAAAAUGAAUAUUUGGUGUUGGAUAAGAGCUUUUGUUGCUGUGCCAAGUUUCUGCUGUAGUGCCACUCAGUAUAACCACUGUAAAUACCUUAUAUUUGUGUUUUGUCCCUAAAUAUGUAAAACGCAACGGCAUACCUGUGAUAUUUUUAUAAAAUUUUACAUGAAACGUCAA